UUUGCUGUCUAAGUGGAGGCUGGCUCACUUGACUGCGGUCACAGAAGAGACACAUAGAGGAUUAUAAAAAGACCCUCAAUCCGUCUCUGGAAACAAAACCAACUCACAAAACUGACCGGCACUGGUGCCAAUUCCUGGAGUGACUUAUCCUGUGUGGCAGUCACCAUGGCAAGCAGGCCUGGGGAUGACCAGGAACAACCAUGGGUUGGCCCCAGUAACCAUCUCAUGACUGUGUUCAGGGCCUGCUCCAGAGAUCCAACCGAAGCCAUCGAAACCAGACUGCACAUAUUUCAGCAACAUCAAAGGGACAAUGCAGGAGACGAGACCACAAAUGAUUUGGCAGUAAAGUGCUGCCGUGAAGCCAGGAUCUGGUAUUACAGGAUCCUGGAGAAGCUUUUCAUUAAAGAGAUGAAGAGGCGCGACAUCGCUGAAAUUUCGGUGAACUGCCCCCAUGUGGCCACAAGUGGAACUGCUGUCUGCACCGCGGAUAUUUCUGGAUUUGAUCUCCAGUGCUGUCUGGUGGCCUGUUGUCUGGAGAUUGCCAUAUUCUCAAACCAUCUACCAUGUGACUUCCCUCUUAUCCUUCAGAUCCUAAAUCUGGCACCAUAUCACUUCCUGAAGGUGAUUGAGCCGGUGUUGUCGGCUGAAACGGGCCUGCCUGGUACUGUUUUCAGACACCUCGCCCAGGUAGAAAAGAAAGUUCUGGAGAGUUUGGCCUGGACCAGCGACUCGCCACUGUGGGAAGAAAUCAGAGCCAACGAGGGCCAUCUGCCUAACUGCCAACAGGCGAUGCCUCCUGAACGGCUUGAAGACACACAGAGAACAGACUUAGAACCUGAUAGAAACCCAUCACAAGUGGAUCUUAAUUUAGGAGCUGAAGUGUCUGCCAGCACCGACCAACAGCAUUCCCAGUCAGCUGCAAACAGGCCUCAAGGAAGCAACUCCCUGUUUUCACAGUUUUCUCGUAAGGUUUACGGCUUGAUGGGCAAGCGUCUGACGGACCUGUGUUCCACACUGGUCAUUUCUAAAGAGCUGCGUCUGAAGAUCUGGACCUGUUUUGAGCACUCUCUGGUCCACUGUAGUGACCUCAUGGUAGACCGUCACCUGGACCAACUGCUCAUGUGUGCCAUCUACAUCAUAGCUAAGAAUACCAAUGAAGAGAUACCCCUGCAACGCAUAAUGACAUGCUACCAGUCUCAGCCAUUCGCCAGCAACAGUGUCUGUGAAAAUAUGCUGUCAUGUGGAAGGGACACAGACAAUUUUCUCACUGAAAACAACAAUAAUGGAGACCACGGCGUCAGUAUCCCGACCCCCAACACACCAUCAUCACAUUAUCCAGGACCUUGUCAGGAGGAGAGGGGUAACCUUAUUCACUUUUACAACCAGAUCUACGCGACAAAGAUGCAGCACUUUGCCAAACUGUUUGCCCCAACCUCCGGAGGAGACACUCCUCCUUUGUCUCCAUUCCCCCAACUGAGAAAGGAAACUUCUCGCAGACAGCAGCUGCUCAGCAGCCACUCCAUCAACAUUUCAACACUCAACACAACAACUUUCCCCCAUACAUCUGGACUCGACUACACCUUCAACUCAAGCCCCUCAGAGCGUCUGCGUGAGAUCAAUGACAUGAUCAGGACUGGCAGGCCACCCAACAGGGGACGCUAUGAGUUAUCAUUUGAUAAUGAAGAGGAAGAGGAGGGAGAGGGGGAGGAAGAUGGUCCUCCAGCGAGGAGGCGUCGUUUGGAUGAUCAAUCAGCCUUGGAGAGACGAGCAAGGAUUGUGGUGAAUGAUCGUGUGACAAGAAGCGACCUGGACCAAGACCAGGACCAAGACCAGGACCAGGACCAACCAUCUCCAGUGCAGGACUAACCCACACUAGAGCAGAGAAGAGCAUAGUCUCACUCUGCUGCUGUUUCCAAAAUAAGUAUUUAUGUAAAACACCAUUUAUAACAGAAAUCUGUGGCAUUCCACUCUUAACCAUGUCAGCUCUCCUAAUGUAACGUCCUCAUGUUUCAUUCCUUCUGCUUAUAUUGUAUGUAUAUUAAACCUUUAUUCUUUU